GGCCUCCUAUCAGAUUGAUGGAUGGUGAGAAUAAGAAAGAGGGCCGAGUGGAGAUCUAUAUUAAUGGCCAGUGGGGGACAAUUUGUGAUGAUGGAUGGUCUGAUAAGGAUGCAGCUGUGGUAUGUCGACAACUGGGCUACAAAGGUUCAUCACGAGCAAGGACUAUGGCAUAUUUUGGGGAAGGAAAAGGUCCUAUUCACGUGGAUAAUGUGAAAUGCACUGGAAAUGAAAGAUCCCUCAUUGAUUGCAUUAAACAGGAUAUUGGCAAACAUAAUUGUCGUCACAGUGAAGAUGCUGGUGUCAUCUGUGACUAUCUUAGCAAGAAAGCAUCCAGUAAUAAAGAUUCUCUUGCUUCUGUGUGUGGUUUAAGAAUAUUGCAUCGUCGCCAAAAGCGGAUCAUUGGUGGAAAAAACUCCUUAAGAGGUGGCUGGCCCUGGCAAGUAGCUUUGCGCAUGAAAUCAUCCCAUGGCGAUGGAAGACUUCUGUGUGGUGCCACUCUUAUCAGCAGUUGCUGGGUGCUCACCGCAGCGCAUUGUUUUAAGAGGUAUUGCAAAAAUACUCGAAACUAUGUGGUGCGCGUUGGAGACUACCACACGUUGGUACCCGAGGAGUAUGAAGAAGAAAUUGGAGUACAAGAAAUUGUGCAACACACAGAAUAUAGGCCUGACAGCAAUGAUUAUGACAUUGCACUAGUGAGGUUGCAAGGAGCUCAAGAACAGUGUACUCGCUUUAGCACUCAUGUUUUACCUGCCUGUUUGCCAUUCAGGCGGGAGAGGCCACAGAAAACUACUAAUUGUUACAUCUCUGGUUGGGGUGAUACAG